AUGGGACUUCCACGACAAGACGUCGAAUUUCGAGCAUGCGAUGGUAUUGUACUUCGUGGCUUUCUAUACGCCCAAGAGGAGACUUCGCCAUGUAUCAUCAUGACCCACGGUCUUGGUGGUACUCGCCACUUCCUACUACCACCAUUUGCGGAGGCUUUUCAAGACGCAGGGUAUGUGGUGCUAUUAUAUGACAACCGGAAUUGGGGAGAUAGUGAUGGCCUUCCUCGACAAGAGUCCAACCCACCGUUGCAGCAAGCGGACUAUUAUGAUGCAUUCAAUUACGCAUCCAGUCUUCCUUUUGUUGAUAAGGACAAGAUAGUAUACUGGGGUACUAGCUUCUCCGGCGGCAAUGUCAUCCACGCUGCAGCUGUCGAUAAGCGGAUCAAGGCUGCUAUCAUCCAGUGCCCAGCUGUCUCUGGCGAGACUAGAUCAAUUGCGUUCAAAGAUCGUAUUCCGACUUUACUAGAGGACCGGCGUCAGAUCACGUCCGGAUCCGAACCCCCAACGAUACCGCUGGUUGCUGCUGAUCGAGAAUCCGCUGAUCCAGCCAAGACAAACGCCAUGUUUCCCACAAAGGACGCCUAUGAUGUGAUUAAUCUUCAAAAUGAUUGUGGAAGCCGCUGGGGGAACUUCAUCACGUCGCAAACCCAACUGCACAUGCUCCUAUUUGAGGGUCAGGCUAUGAUUCACAGAAUUUCCCCAACGCCACUGUUAUUUGUUGUUCCCGGUAACGACGUCUUGGUAAAGACAGAAUACCAGAUGGAUGCCUUUAACAAAGCUAGUGAACCAAAACAGCUGCUUUACCUUGAUGCAUGUGGCCAUUUUGAUCUCUACGUCGGGGACUAUUUUAAGCAGAACAUCAAAGCGCAGGUCGAAUUUCUCGACCGUCAUGUCAAAUCGCAGAGCAGUUAG